CCGCCUCCCCACCCCACCCCACCCACCGCCCCGCCGCUUUGUACUGCUGAGGGAGGGAAGAUGGCGGCGCGGGCGGGUUUCCAGGCUGUAGCUCCGAGUGGCGGCGGCGGUGGAGCCGGCCCUGGGGCGGGAGCGCUGGGGCCAGGGACCGGUGGGCCUCCUGUACGGAUGGGCCCGGCCCCUGGGCAAGGAAUGUACCGCUCCCCUCUGCCCGGUGCUGCAUACCCGCGCCCUGGCAUGCUGCCUGGCAGCCGCAUGAACCCUCAGGGACCAGCCAUGGGACCUCCAGGCUAUGGUGGAAGCCCUUCAGUCCGACCAGGGAUGGCUCAGUCGGGAAUGGAUCAGUCUCGCAAAAGGCCAGCCCCUCAGCAGAUCCAGCAAGUUCAGCAACAAUCAGUUCAGAACCGUAAUCACAAUGCCAAGAAGAAGAAGAUGGCAGAUAAGAUUCUACCUCAGCGGAUCCGGGAGCUAGUACCAGAGUCUCAGGCAUACAUGGAUUUGUUGGCAUUUGAGAGGAAGCUGGACCAAACCAUAAUGAGGAAGCGGUUGGAUAUCCAGGAGGCCUUAAAGCGGCCCAUUAAGCAAAAGCGGAAGCUGCGCAUUUUUAUCUCAAACACAUUCAACCCAGCCAAGUCUGAUGCAGAGGAUGGAGAAGGCACUGUGGCUUCCUGGGAGCUCCGAGUGGAAGGACGUCUACUAGAAGAUUCUGCUCUUUCCAAGUAUGACGCUACCAAACAGAAGAGGAAGUUCUCCUCCUUCUUUAAGUCUCUGGUGAUUGAGCUGGACAAGGACCUCUAUGGCCCUGACAAUCACUUGGUGGAGUGGCAUAGAACUGCUACCACCCAGGAGACAGACGGUUUCCAAGUGAAAAGACCUGGAGAUGUGAAUGUACGCUGUACUGUCCUCCUAAUGUUGGAUUAUCAGCCUCCACAGUUCAAACUGGACCCACGUUUGGCUCGCCUCUUGGGGAUCCACACCCAGACCCGCCCAGUAAUUAUCCAGGCACUGUGGCAAUACAUCAAGACUCACAAGCUGCAGGACCCUCAUGAACGGGAGUAUGUCAUUUGUGACAAGUACCUCCAGCAGAUAUUUGAAUCUCAGCGAAUGAAGUUCUCAGAGAUCCCCCAGCGGCUGCAUGCGUUGCUUAUGCCUCCAGAGCCAAUCAUCAUCAAUCACGUCAUCAGUGUUGAUCCAAAUGACCAGAAGAAAACUGCCUGCUAUGAUAUUGACGUGGAAGUGGACGAUACUUUGAAAACUCAAAUGAAUUCUUUCCUGCUCUCCACAGCCAGUCAACAGGAGAUAGCUGCGCUGGACAACAAGAUCCAUGAGACCAUAGAAACUAUUAACCAGCUGAAAACCCAGCGAGAAUUCAUGCUGAGCUUUGCCAGAGACCCCCAAGGCUUCAUCAACGACUGGUUGCAAUCCCAGUGCCGGGACCUGAAGGCUAUGACUGAUGUUGUUGGGAACCCAGAAGAGGAGCGACGAGCUGAAUUUUACUUCCAACCAUGGGCUCAGGAGGCUGUGUGCAGAUACUUCUAUUCUAAGGUUCAGCAGAGACGGCAAGAGCUAGAGCAGGCUCUGGGAAUCCGUAACACAUAGACAGGCCUGCCUCUCUCAAGGCAGCAGGUCUUAUGGCUACCAAACACUGCAGGGACUCACUGCUCAGGCCUAUACAAUUCCCACUUCAUACAGAACCUACCAUUACUCUCCCACCAUCAUCUCUUUCUGCUGCUCCAAUCCCCUCCUCGAAGUGGGGGAUGAAAUCAGGCGCCAGGCCAAAGGUCUUGUAUUUCAGCCUGGCCUCCUUCCUUGAUUGUUGCCUUUUGAGCCUCAGGCUCUCCUGUCCUGGCUCUUAACUGAAGCUCUUCCGUGUUUGGGAUAGUUUCAGUUCAUAGCCCUGCAAGCUCAGGACCUCCUUGCCAGUCCCUAGGAACCCAUGCCCCCCCCGGGAAAAGCUAUGGGGCUGGACACCUCUUCAGCACAUCAGCUCUGGAUCUUGCCAAGUAGGGCACAGGGCCUGUUCAGUUUCCUGUAGGGUUUGAGGAGAGAGGCAAGAGGUGGGGCUGCAGCAAGUUUCACAUGCCUUCUGGCCUUUAGGGGUGAGGGACAUUUUGCAGAUUCAUCUAUUGUGAGAGCUUUCUCACCGAGAGCUACGAUGAGCAAAGUUGGCAAGUAGUCUGCAGGCUCACAACUUGUGUCUGUCUUGCUUCAUCUUGGGUUUUUUUUUGCUUUUAAUGGGAUGGCUGGUGAAGCUGCCAGAUACCAUCUUGGAUCUGCUCCUGGGCCACUGCAGUAAUCCCACAUCAUUGUCCUGGGGGCUUGGGGAGCAUCUCCACCCCAGCCCCUAAACUCCUCCCCCAAUUCUCUGGAUCCACAGAAGUUAGCAGAAGAACACCUUCCCAGUUACGGUUACUUUUCCUUUUGCCUUCCUCACCUGAUUGGCACAGAGCAGGUUUCUGGAGUAAAUUAUUGUGUGGGGAAUGGUGGAUAUGCAGGCAGGUGUUCUUGACCUGGGGGUGGGUUGUAGCAUAGAUGCUGAUCAGCAAAAAUAACUGCUCACUUAAUGUGUUUUUUGGUCUCAAGCACCUGCUGUUUUGUGGGAGGGGUGGGGGGGAGGGAGCUGCAUCUUUUGGCUUACUGCUGAUUUGGGACUGUAACACAGCUGGACAGGUCCCAGCUGCUUGUACUCUGACACUAGCUGCAAAAAUCAAGUUACUGACAAGCCCCUCUCCCUCUUCCAUCUCCUGGAAAGAGACUGCUAUGAAUUAAGGAGUCCAGGUGGCCCUAAACCCUUGUGUAUGCAUCCAUGUUAAGAGUGAGAGACUCUCCCCUUUUUGUCUCGUCUUUGCCAUAUGAAAGACCACCUCACCCCUAUUAUCUACCUACCUCCCCCACUACUGCCCCGCUUUGUGGUACCAAGGAAUAGAGCCCUGGUGCCCAUACGUAGCUGCCACAGGCUCUCAGGGCAAGUAUAGAUGAAGGAAGCUCAGAGACUGACUGGCUCGGCAAAGUGUAGCUGUUUUUAACCACUCCCUAUUACUAUGCUUUGUGUUUUGUGGCUCUUCUUUUUUUCUCCCCCCCCCCCCCCCCUUGGACCAAAUUUUUUUUGUACUGUAUCCUUUUAGAUGUCACCUCAUUUUAAUAAAAGCUGCCUCUAAAUGAAGGCUCUAUCCA